GUUGAACUACUUUUAUAUACCAGCGGAAGACAUUUCGUCAGUGUUUAUUUGUAAACGUUGUUUUCAUGUGAAAUUAACCAUGAGAAUUAAUCUAAAAGGGGCCAAUCGGCUGCACCUGGAGAACAGCAGAGCGUACAGAUGUUGCUGCUGUUGUCAUGUCCGCACUGGAACCAUUUUUCUAGGAAUAUGGCAUAUGUUCAUGAACAUGCUGGUUCUGUCCAUGAUCGGAGUCAUGAUGUUCCACCCGAACGUGUUCCUGGCUCCUAAAGACAGCCAGGUGCACAUCAUACCUGUUGACGAGGUGGUGGAUGAAGUGAUGUCACCGCAGGAAUCGACCGUCAUCAACAGUAGUGACCCAUAUGCUCAAGUCGAUGAUGCAUAUAGCCUCGACUUGCUGGCAUAUGGCAUUGACAGAAAAUGGUCCAUACAGGAUGCACAUCUUGGUCUGGUGUUGACAGCCUGCACUUUCUUCAUCACCACUCUGAUGUGUUAUGGGGCUGUGAAGGGUCAUCCGGGUUACUUGAUGCCGUUCUUCUGCCUCCAAGUGUUCGACUUCUGCGUCACACUGCUGAGCAUCGUUGGGUACUGCUCUUAUCUGCCGGUUCUGAAGCAGAAACUGAUGGAGAACGUGAUGUUUCGUGAUGAGUUGGCUCGCAUAGAUGACCAGUGGUUUGGCGCAUUUGUGAUGGUUGCCUGCGCCCUGGUUGUCAGCCUGAAGGCGUACAUGAUGGGAGUGGUGUGGUCGUGCUACAAGUACCUGUGUCAGCGUAGGCUGCUGCUGGCCAACAACGUGGAUGGUGUCACACACUUCCUCGAUGUUGACUCCGAGGCUCUCCUGCCUCCAAUGUACGACGAUGUGCUCGAGAUGAAGAAGUCUGAGAUUCCCGACUGUCCGCCACCGGCCUACGCUCCGUAAACAUCGGCGAAAAUCGACGUCGCUGCGAAAAUGGCUUCGGGUGAGCGCGCGGGGAUGUUUCCCAUCGUCAGCAUCGUUUGUGGUUAACGAGUUCUUCGAUAAGAUCUCGACCAGCACUUGGACAUGCUGUUAUUGGUAAUUUAAUCACUUUAUGUUAUGCUGUGAGGGUUGUGGGACAAAAAUCGGCAUGAAAUGUGCUUCUGGCAACCAUUUUUUUUAUCACGAGGUGAUUCAUUUGGGUACAUAUUGUUGCGGCUGGCUGGGAAUAUGAUUUUUUUCCUGUGGUGCACGUUGCAGGUCCACAACAAUUCCGAAUUAAAAAUAUCUAUCAUAUGAAAACAAUAUUCCUUAAAUUUAAACAUGUUCUAUUGGAACUGUGUAUGCGCUAAUUUUUAUUGUCAUAAUUAAAUUGACCAGUGCUGUGAGAUUUUAAAAUGGGAAGGUGGUAAAACCGUAACACAUAAUUUAUGAUUGUCAAUGUAUCUAUUUGUAGGUGAGCAUAUGAUAAGUAAUUUGUGUAUAUGUACACCAUGCAUAUUUGUAUUAAAUAGGUAGUAUAUACUGUAAACACUGAAGCUAGUUAUAGAUUGGUUAGUCAAAAAUUCAUAUACUAAAUUUAAUGUCGUUGUAGACAAAAAUAACAAGACAAAGACCAUUUGAUUAGUUGGAACUUUUGAAACUAGCACGUUCUUUUUUCCAUGUUGUAUAUUGACAACAAGAAUCCUAAUCAUUAUGGCGUACCGUUUUUGAAUUUGCCCGAAUUUGAUUGUAUAACGUGUGGUACUAUGUCUCAAAAGGCUUACAAACUAAAUAUGCAUAUAUGAGCUUUUAAUUUUAAAUUCUUUUAUGUGGUAUAAAAUCAUGUGUGCAUAUAGUAGUAAGUAUACAACUAACAAUAAGUAUACCCAACAACCAAAUAGUGUAAUCUUGGUAAUAGUAAUGAAGUCGUAUAGUACUGAUGUCUGUUGAGUCAACCUACCCUGAUGUUGUAUGUGAAAAAAAAGCAGUUUUCCUUCACUCGAGUGUGCAUUACUUGAAUACAGUUGUGCUCAUAGGGUCUAUGUCCCCCAGGGUACUAUCGGAGGGUACCAUGGAUACGGUUCGAUAUAUCGGAACGUAC